UGAAACACUUAAUGAUCAUCUAGUAGUCUUCUCAAGGUGUCGAAUGGGUAAAACAGAAAGGGAAGACCAUCUUAGAAAGGACUCUUCUGUGUCAGCUGUGGAGGCUGCAGUAGCAGGAUCAAUGUCGGGUGCUAUUGCCAGAGCUGUGACGGCACCGUUGGACACCAUUAAGAUCAGGCUCCAACUUCAGCGACACGGGUUUGCUGCCAAAUAUAAUGCAGCCCACACUGUUAAGAACUUACUUCGAAAUGAAGGAAUCACUGCUUUGUGGAAAGGUAAUGUUCCAGCAGAAAUCAUGUAUAUUCUAUAUGGAGCCACUCAAUUUACAUCCUACACACUCCUUAACUCAGCAUUAAAUGACUUGGAAACGAAGUAUCCUCAAUAUGUCAAGAUAAACCCUAGUUUUAGUUCUUUAAUCGUGGGGAGUGGUGCAGGAAUCGCAAGUACUUUAACUACUUAUCCAUUUGAUUUAUUGAGAACAAGAUUAGCAGCAAACUCUUCUAAAGAGUUUCUAUCCAUGGUGAAGACCAUGAAGAAUAUCUGGUUGAAGAAUGGGUUUUUUGGUUAUUUUGCUGGUAUUAAACCAACAAUGUUGUCGGUAGCUAGUACCACUGGAUUAAUGUUUUGGUCUUACGAAUUAGCUCGUGACUUUUCUAAACAGUAUAAGGAUGAUAUUCCCUUCAUAGAGGGAUUUUGUGGGUUUAUAGCCGGUGCAACUUCUAAAGGUAUAACUUUCCCUCUCGAUACAUUAAGAAAAAGAAUUCAAGUCCAUAGUAUAAUGGAGCCUGAAUUAGCUCCUUUCAACGCUACUGGAAACUUUAUGAAAAUUUUGAAGUCAGAAGGGCCCUUAGGUUUCUAUAAAGGUUUCAGUAUAAGUUUGUUGAAAACUGCUCCAACUAGUGCCAUUUCCCUCUUUGUUUAUGAGUACAGUCUCACUACGAUUAAAACAGCUAGCGAGGUUACUACAAAAUUGGAAGCUUAAUCGAUCAAAACUAAUCAUCCUAACACUUGCAUUCUCUUUUAUAUUCCAAUUGCAUUGUAAAAGCAAAAAAAAAUUAAUCAUUUGUAUAAUAUGUAAUAUUUAAUCUAUUCGUAAUAAAAAUUAUCGUU